AUGUUUGUCCCUGUAGAAACUCGCACCGCCGCGGCCCCGCAGUGGCCGGCGGUUCGCAAUCACGACCACGUUACCGUUGAAGACAUUGACGACGACUACGAAUCUUCCGACGACGACAGCGACGCGUUUUCCACAGCGUCAUCCGAGGAUCUGACGAUCGAAAUCGAGUCGCUCAAACGCGACGCCGCAAACAAGGUGUUUUCGCCUUCCGCCGACGCGGCGUCCGCCGCCCCCGCUUCUGUGUUGACCUUCCGCAACAUCUGCUACUCCGUCUACGUCAAGCAGCGCAAAGGGGAGCCUUCCGCUGCCGGCCCGCAAUACGCGCGGCAGGACAGCACUUUAGCGAAUGUCCCCGGACUGCCGCCUCAGCAGGGCUUUCAGGAGUCUUCCGCGGCACAAGCUGGUGCGCCGGGAGCGGAUGGAGUUGCAACCGGCACCGAAACCGGCGCCGCGCCAGGCGGCGGCAUGUUCGGCGGUUUGCGCAAGAAGCGCGUUCGGAGGCAGAUCCUAACGGGCGUGAACGGCGAGGCGCGGUCGGGGGAGGUGACGGCGAUCAUGGGCGCAAGCGGAGGCGGAAAAACGACGCUGCUGAACAUCCUUGCGCAGCGAAUCUCCGCCGGGCGGCGGAAGGGAACGGUGGAGCUGGACGGGGAGGAGGUGAGCGCAGCGAUGAUUCGGCGCGUUUCCGCGUACGUGAUGCAGGACGACGUGCUGUUUCCGUCGCUCACGGUGCGCGAGACCCUCAUGUACGCUGCGGAAUUGCGCCUGGAGCCGAAGUUCUCGCGACGCGAGAAGGAGGAGAAGGUCACGCGGUUGAUCGACCUGCUUGGACUGGCGAAAGUGGCGGAAACGCUGAUCGGCGGCGAAAGGAAAAGGGGCGUUUCUGGCGGUGAGCGAAAGCGAGUGGCGAUAGGGGUGGAGAUGGUGAGCGACCCGAAGAUUCUGUUUCUCGACGAGCCAACCUCGGGGUUGGAUUCAACCAAUGCCUUCCGCGUUGUACGCGCUAUCAAGUCCGUCGCGAUCCAGACCGCGAGCAUUUCCGUGAUGGUGAUCCAUCAGCCAUCAUAUCGUGUUCUUUGUCUCAUCGACAAGCUGCUUCUCUUGGGCGUUGGCCAGGCAGCCUAUUUGGGCCCACCUGCCAACCUCCCAAGAUUCCUUGCCUCUCUGGGAAGCCCGGUUCCGGAAGGCUCAAACAGCACAGAGCAUGCCUUGGAUGUCAUGGCCGUGUUGCAAACCCAGGGUGUUACCGACAUCCAAGCCUAUGCCCAAGCCUGCGAAGUCGGUGUUACCGACCCUGUGAUGGCGGCUCGUAAGGCCCUGGAGGUGCCCAGCGAUGCUGGUAGCCCAGCGAAUCCCAAGGGGAAACUACACUGGGUUAGGCUUGGCAAAAAGGAGUAUGAAACUGUGGGGAAGGAGAAAGAGAUUAAAGGCUCACAAUAUGCAAACGGAUGGUUUGGGGAGCUGAUGGUGCUGACCAGGAGAGCUGCUGUUAACAUCAUGCGCACUCCUGCGCUGUACCUGCUGAGGCUGGCGCUCAUCCUUGUAACGAGUGUGCUUCUGGCGAUUCUGUUUUGGAAGCCAGGAGAAACGAAGGAAGGGGUGACGAUCCGGCUGUCCUUCCUGUCCUGUGCCUCCUGCAUCGUCUUCUACACCUCGUGCGAUGCUGUGCCGAUAUUUAUCGAGGAAUGCGCAAUAUUCACAAGGGAGUCAGCCAAUAACGCGUACAGGGCAUCAACCUACCUAGUGUCAUCAACCCUAGUCUACCUGCCGCUUCACUUCCUCAUGGCCUUCCUGCUCACCGCCGUCUCCUGGGGAAGCAUCAGCCUUGCGGGUGGCGGAGAGGGGUUUUUCUUCAUGGUGGUGGCGUGUUUCGUCAUGUUCUUCACAGCCAAUGCCAUCGCAACAUGUGUCAGCAUAUGCGUCAAGGACGUCGUCCUGGCAUAUGCAACUGCCAUCUCAAUAAUGUCCUACUUCUACCUCGUUAGUGGCUUCUUCGUUACAAGGAAGCAAAUGCCCAACAUGCUCAUAUGGCUACACUACUUGUCGCCCUUCAAAUACGCUUUUGAAGCACUUGCUAUAAACCAAUUCGACAGGUGA